AUGACUGCAACUGCAGCUCCGGCUGCUUCAUCACUCAGCAUGGAGAAGACUACAGGAUUGUCUGGUGUUGCCACUUUCCCUGUUUCCACACAAAGUACAAAGUGCACUGCUACUGUCACAAGUAUUCCCUCUACAUUUGGAACCUCACAACCCUUGGCAAUCCCCAGUGUCACCUUAGUGGAUACACCUACUUUCAUUGACAUGGAGGCCUCUGGCUCUGGUGCAGAAGAUUUGGAGUCAAACUCAGCUAGUGAUCACUCUACAUCUGACUUCACCACGCUUAGCUCUCGCAGUGAAAAGCCAGAUGAACUCACACCAAUGUCCACUCCAAUUCCCUCCAUUAUAUAUCAGAGCAUUACAGACCAACAGGUCGUGAUAAUCACUCCCAGUAGCAGCAAACCCAAGACUGACCUAACUGAACAAACCCCUACCAUGGUCUUGCAUAUGUCUAAACCAUCGACCAGCACAGCCGUCAUAUUCACAGAGGAUGCCACAGAUGAAGAGGAGCUGUUCUCUGCAGUUACAGAUGGUAUGAGUGAAGGCAUCAUCACCAUUCCUAGGCUCAUCACCAAAGACGAAAUUAUCAUUGAUGCAGAUACUAUCUCCAUUGUACCCUCUCAAGAUCACCCAACCAUUCAGACAGAAGAAGCUGGAGGCGUCACAGCAAUUACAAUGACACAAACACUGGAGAGAACAGUAGAACCAGAGGGUUCAGGAAGUGAUAGUGCCACCUUUUUCACCACUUCACCUAUAUCAUUUGUUUCAACAUCCUCUGAAUAUUCACAGCCCACUUCGAAUACAUCAGCUGUGGAACCCGUUUCUACUACUGAGACAUCAAGUGAAGAGAUGGUCACAUCAUCACUACAUUCUAUUUCAGUUACCACUCUGUCCACAAAGUCAGGCUUUGAGGAAGCAAAUGAUUUAACUACACCACAUACAGUUUUCCCUAGCGAGACUCAUACAACCACAAAUACUGACAUUACAGAUAAAACCUUAAGUUCCUCCUUUUCCGCUUCAGUCCCUGUUACACCUGUGUCAAUUGAACCUGGAACAGUUGAAACAUCCAGUGGAGAAUCUGAUGAUAAUUACACUGGUACUGAUCACUCCAAGGAAGGCUCUGGGAUGGCUACAUCAUGGACUAAUUUAGCUGUUACUGUGAGUGAAUCAGCAGUAACUGAAAAACUAGUGACAUCUACAGCGUCCUCACUGUUCAGCACUGAGAAACCCACUGUUGCACCUGACACGAUAGAUAUGGACGCAACACUCCGGUCUGGUGUAACAGCCACAUCACUGGAAGAUAGAACUCAAUUACCAAGCCAAGCACCUUUAACUAAAGAAGUUUCAACUGAUAAUCAGGGGAGCUCAAAUGAAGACAGUGAAGUCCAGGGAACCUCAACUCUUGCUGUAAUAACUUCUGAUGAAAUAGAAGUUUCUAGGGGGCCUUUUGAUGCUACAUCUAUAACUACAGAACCUAGAGCUGAAAAGUCCACAGAACCUGAAGAAGAAACAGCAGUUGUUGAGUCAAGCUCAGCAUAUCCAUCAGAAAGUUCAAGUGAACAAGCUCAGGAAUCAGCAGUUACCAAGCAAACACAACAUACUAUGUCCUCUACUGUCUCGUCACUGUUCAGCCCUGAGACUCCAUUGGUGGCCUCCAUAUUAGUUUCCACCGAUAAAAACACUUCGUCAUCUGAGAAUGAGGAAAUCUCUGUAUCACCAGAAGCAAGUAUUAUUCCAGAGGAUGGUUCAAGUGAUGAGACAUCAAGUAUCUUUGAUUCCGACUCUGUCACUCCAUCGAUUUCAUCACAGUCUGGUACAGUUAAGAUUGAUAGCAUCACCCAAACUGAUCGGCUAGCCCCAUCUACAUAUGGUCAAACCACAGAUGUGAAGUCAGCUAAGACCUUAUUCAGUGAACCAUAUACAACACAACACCCUGCUGAGACCAGUGCCAAGUCAACAGUGAUGCCAACUUCUUUUGAGUCAGGAUCAAUGAGCUCUGAACAUGAAGACACCCAAAGUUCAGACCAAACUAGUAUGGAUCUACCCACUGCUGUUACACAGAUUUCUACAAGCUCAGAGAGUAAAGUAGCAGUUGCCACAAGCCCAGUUGACCACAUUUCCUUUGAGCCUAGUCCAGCUGUCCUUUCCACAUUAGCACCAUCACAGCCUGAUGUUACGGUCCAAUUUGCUACAACAGUUUCCCCUGUACAACGCCUAACAACCCCCCAGGAAUCAUUUGAACAAGUGAAGUCAGAGAUCACACUAACUCACCGUCCCCACACCGAUCUUUCCUCAGUGUCACUGACCACAACUCACCCCAUUUUUGAAAGUCGGGAAACAAUCCAGACUACAACUCUCCCUGUUGUGUCUUUGGUGGCUGAAGCUGUAUCCUCCUCACUUGAAGAUGGGACAGUUAAACCGACUCUGGGCCAGGUUUCAAAUGGUUCAAAUUCACCCCUUGCCACAGUUAGCAGUACUGAAAGUAGUUCAGAAGAAGAGCCAACUCAGCAACCUAUAUUAGCUGGAGAUAUUGCUGUCAUGCCUUCGUCAUCAACUCCCAUUAGUCCAUCAUCUUCCUCUAGUUCUGAGAGCAGCUCAGAAGAAAGUGUGGCCGCAGAAAGCACUAGUAAUGAGUUUGAGAACAUCACUGCUGAGCUUCCAUCAGCCCCAUCUAAAUCACCACAUGUCACUGGGACUGAAAGUAUCUCUGUCAAGCCUGACAGUGUGACAGCUGAGAUGAUGACAAAUAAUCCACAGAUUGACAGUACAGAGUCUCUGUCUCCUGACAAAAUCAAGACUGUAUUCAAGGCUGAUGCUACCUCAGCUCCAAAGGUGGAGUCAACUACUUUUGGGAACACCAAUGGGAAACAAGACCUUGAAGGAGAUGUCUCGCCUUACACUGAAAUGCCCACAAGAACCCAUGAGUCCACAACAGUGUUAGUGACUCAGGCACAAAGCCAGUCACCAUUAGUUCCAUCUGAGGCCACCUCCACAUCAUCCUUUUAUGACGAAGACCUGGACAUUGACUCAACUGCACGUCCAUCAUUUGUUGAGGUUAAACCACCGAUAAUAAGGGAGGAAGUCACCAUAAUGCCAGGUGGAAGACUCGAUUUGGGACCCACUGUUGUCGGUGAGGCUGUUGAAAUUGCAG